AUGGAGGAUAGCACAUUUCAGAGGGAAGAAUCGCCAGAAGAAUCAGAAGAAAGCAUUGUACUGCAAAUCAGAUACCACGAACCUUUAAUUAAUAACAUGCAGAGCGAGACAUCAAGUCCAAACAAGAAAAAAGAUAAUCACAAGUAUCAUAUUGGAGAGGAUGACCAGUCGAUUGAUCCCUCAAUACCAAAAAGGAGUUAUUUACAGAGGCUUCGCUUAAUAGAGAAUGAGUAUAAUAACCCUGCUUCUAUUCUUGUUUUAUUUCUUAAACCUUUUUACCUCAUUUCAUUUCCUAUUGUAGUCUGGUGUGGUGUUUUACAAGGAAUACAGCAAAUGUGGUUAACGUUAAUGACAUGCACUCAAUCUGAAUUUUAUUCUAGUGCUCCGUAUUAUUUCAGCUCAUCUAUGGUUGGAUUGAGUAACUUGGGACAGCUUGUUGGAAUCAUCGCCGGGAUGGCAUAUGGAGGUAAAUUUGUUGACUGGUUAACUAUUCGAUUGGCUAAAAAAAAUGACGGUAUCAUGGAACCAGAAUUUCGUCUAUUUUCUAUGGUGUUUCCAACCAUCAUCAAUGCAGCUGGUAUACUAGCGUAUUGUUUAGGACCAGCAUAUAACGCACAUUGGUUUUUAUCUGUUGGUAUAGGUCAAUCCUGUUUGGGCUUCUCAAUGGCUUCAGUCACCUCGAUUUGCUAUACAUAUUGUUCAGAUAGUUACCCCAAGUUGGCGAGUGAAGGUAUAGUGUUCAUAUCUUUUAUUAAUAAUGCUUUAGCGACUGUUUUCACCUUUACUAUCCAAUCUUGGAUAGACAAGGAUGGCCUUAAGCUCAUGGCGUGGUUGAUGUUCAUGCUUAGUCUUAUUUUAAAUGGCAGCUUUAUUGUAUGGGUAUUUUACGGAAAAAGAGCUAGAAGGUGUACUAAAAGUAAAUAUUAUCAAUUUUGCGAUGAUGCUGGUAAUCAUUCCUAG